AUGCUUUUCUGGGCCGUUCGUGCAAUUAAAAAACGUGAUAUUUAUAGGUAUCCUGGAGGACGUACUCGCUUAGAACCGGUUAUUAUUGUCAUAUUGUGUGUGGUAAUGGUGUCUGCAUCUGUACAGGUCAUCUACGAGUCUGUUGAAAGUCUAAUUAGUGAUAUAAAUCAUUUCACAAAGAAUACAACGGGAUUACCAGAUAUCAAAAUGGGACCUGCACCACUUACAGUUAUGUCAGCGACAGUCGUUUUGAAAGCCCUUUUAUCAUUUCUCUGUUAUCAAAUUGCCAAUCCGACAAUGAAUGCGGUUGCUCAAGAUCAUCGAAAUGAUGUAGUUUCAAACAUUGUUGCCCUCGUAUUUGGUAUUGUAGCAGCAAAAGCCGUCGAUGGUACAAUUAAGAAGCAAGAAGUUGUGGUUGUUGAUCCGAUUGGUGCUAUUCUCAUCAGUCUUUACAUUAUUUUUUGUUGGAUACAACAAUUACGAAAACAAAUCAAACAUUUGAGUGGUUAUACGGCUAAACCAGAGUUUUUACAACAAGUAACAUGGUUGACAUUACAACAUUCACCACUGAUAACAAAAAUUGAUACUGUGCGAGCAUUUCAUUUUGGUACGUCGUUUUUGGUAGAAGUAGAUAUAAUACUUCCAGAAAUAAUGACAUUGAAAGAAGCACAUACCAUAGGUGCUAGUUUACAGAAAAAAUUAGAACAUUUAUCCGAGGUGGAAAGAGCAUUUGUUCAUCUGGAUUACGAAGUAGGACCUCCCACAGACGAGCAUAAAGUUAUCUAA